CCACUGAGCACCUUCCCAGGAAUUGAGAAGUUCAAAGGCCGCUAUCUCCACAGCCGAGACUACAAGGACUCUCGGGAUUUCACAGACAAGAGGGUCAUUGUUGUCGGGAUCGGGAAUUCGGGGUCUGACCUGGCUGUGGAGAUCAGCCAAGCAGCCAAGCAGGUCUUCCUCAGUACCCGCCGAGGCGCAUGGAUCUUCAACCGUGUCGGAGAUCAUGGCUACCCCCUCGAUAUUGUCUUCACCACCCGCAUGAAAACAUUCCUGAAGGACCUGCUGAGCGUGUCCAUGGUGAACGACUUUGUGGAGAAGCAGCUGAAUGCCAGGUUCAACCACUCGCACUACGGCCUGAAGCCAAAGCACAGGGUCUUUGACCAACAUCCGACCGUCAAUGACGACCUGCCCAACCGCAUCAUUUCGGGCAGGGUGCGGGUGAAGCCGAACAUCCAGGAGUUCACGGAGACAUCGGCCAUCUUCGAGGACGGCACCAGGGAAGACAUUGACGCCGUGGUCUUUGCCACAGGAUACCGCUUCUCCUGGCUGAACAAGCUGCCCCCCCAGUAUGACAUGGAGGCUGACAUCAAGCAGAAGAAAGAAGCGAUGGCAAAACG